AAUGACUAAUAUUAGUGAAAAAGUCACACUACGAUAAAACGACACCGCCUAGGAGGUUUUCCUGUUGACUCAAUAACUAAAUUUUUGUAAAAUACCGUGAAGUAGUGUUGUGGAAUUCGUGUUGACUGACCAGAGUCCGCGAAUUUGAUAGAGAUGACCGAACUACAUAAAUUUGGGGUAAGCCCCAUAACUUGCCAUGCCUGGAACCAGAACAAAACUGAAGUGGCAAUUUCUCCCAACAACCAUGAAGUCCAAAUCUACAAACAAAACGGAUCCGACUGGAAAUUGCUCGACGUUUUGAACAAACAUGAUUUACGUGUGAUGGGAAUAGAUUGGUCCCCAACAUCCAACAGGAUUGUGAGCUGUGCUGCUGACAGGAACGCUUAUGUGUGGACCCAGGACAAGGACGGUAAAUGGAAGCCGACAUUGGUAUUUUUACGCAUCAAUCGCGCCGCCACUUGUGUUAAGUGGUCACCAAACGGUAACAAAUUCGCCGUUGGUUCCGGAGCAAGAUUGAUCUCCAUUUGUUACUUUGAAAAGGAGAACGACUGGUGGGUAUCGAAGCACAUAAAAAAACCGAUCAGGUCAACAGUUACAACCAUUGAUUGGCAUCCAAACAAUGUCUUGUUGGCGGCCGGUUCAACUGAUUUUAAAGUACGUGUGUUUUCGGCUUACAUCAAAGAUAUAGAGGAGACGCCUGAGGCCACCGCUUGGGGACAAAAGAUGCCUUUGGGUCAACUGAUGGCCGAGUUUGUCAAUUCUAAUGCAGGCGGAGGUUGGGUACAAAGCGUGAGCUUCUCACCUGAUGGUAACAAACUUUGCUGGGUGUCGCACGAUUCCACCAUCAACUUGGCAGACGCAACCAAAGGAAACGCAGUCGUCAAACUAAGAACAAAAUAUUUACCGUUUUUGAGCUGUACCUGGAUCUCAAACAGAUCCAUAAUCGCGGCCGGUCACAGUUGCAUUCCUGUUCUUUAUAACAUCGACGCGAAUGGACAGUUGACUGAUGGCGGACGGUUGGAUACGUCUCAGAAAAAGGAUACAGGCGGUUUGUCGGCGAUGAAAAUGUUUCAUUCAUUGGACAAACAAGCCAGAAUUGAAACUUCCGAUACCAAUUUAGAUUCCAUACAUCAGAAUGCCAUAACAUGCGUUUGCAUCCAUACUGGGAACAAGUCGAAAGUUGCAAAGAUUAGUACUUCUGGUCUGGAUGGACAACUUGUUAUCUGGGACUUGAAUUCAUUGGAGAGAUCCAUUCAAGGAUUGAAAAUUGAAUAAAGUGUGACUUUUUUAUACAAAAUAUUAUGUGAAUGUCAAUAAAAAGGAAAUGAUUUA